UUUCAGAUUAUUCCAAACAGGAAGAUUUCAUCAGCUCCUAACUAGGAUUGAAUAUUGCACUUAUAACAUCCUGUGAAAAUGGAAGCUGAAAAAUCAUCAUCAUUGCUGUUCAUCAAAGAAGAGGAGAAUUUAGAGGAGGAUCUAACUGAAAACACAGGGGAAGGCUCUUCACUUGCAGACCCCUUAUUUGAAGUCAAGACAGAACCAGAAUUUUUUGACUGUAGUGAAUUGGAUGUGAACUGUUCAUCCCAACCUAGUAAGUACAAGGAGGUCAGCUCUACAAGCUGUGAUGAUGAAAGCAGAAAGAAGGAGAUGUGUAUUGCAAAAGAAAACAGAGACUUGGGUAGAAGCAACACAGCAGGGAAGCGAAUACCUUGUACUGAAUGCCAAAGGACAUUUUCAUGCAUGAGCCUCCUGGAAUCCCACAUAAGAACUCAUACGGGAAAGAAACCAUAUACUUGCUCUAUAUGUCAAAGAGGUUUUUCUCAAAUGACUAAUCUCAAAUGUCACAUGAGAACUCAUUCAGGAGAGAAACCAUACACUUGCUCUAUAUGUCAAAGAAGUUGUUCUCAUCAAAGUAGUCUCGUAAGACACAUGAGAAUUCAUACAGGAGAGAAACCAUAUACUUGCUGUAUAUGUCAAAGAAGUUUUACUCUAUUAACUGGUCUCAAAUCUCACAUGAGUACUCAUACAGGAGAGAAACCAUUCACAUGCUCUGUAUGUCAAAAAGGUUUUUCUCAAUCAACUAAGCUCUCAAAUCACAUGAGAACUCAUACAGGAGAGAAACCAUAUACUUGCUCUAUAUGUCAAAAAAGUUUUAUUGAUUCAAGUUAUUUCAAAAUACACGUGAAAGCUCACACUGGAGAUGGCCCUUUUCGUUGCUCUGUAUGUCAAAGAAGUUUUUCUCUUGCAUGUAAUCUCAAAAAACAUAUGAGAACUCAUUCAGGAGAGAAACCAUAUACUUGCUCUAUAUGUCAAAGAAGUUUUACUCAAUCAAGUAGUCUCAAAUCUCACAUGAGUACUCAUACAGGAGAGAAACCAUUCACAUGCUCUGUAUGUCAAAAAGGUUUUUCUCAAUCAAUUAAUCUCUCAAAUCACAUGAGAACUCAUACAGGAGAGAAACCAUACACUUGCUCUGUAUGUCAAAGAAGUUUUUCUCAUCCAAGUAGUCUCAUAAGACACAUGAGAACUCAUACAGGAGAGAAACCAUAUACUUGCUCAAUAUGUCCAAGAAGUUUUGUUCAAUCCAGUGGUCUCAAAUAUCACAUGAAAACUCAUACAUGAAAACCUGAGAAAAUAUCUUCAGGCAAUACCAAGUUGCCCAAGUAUAAAUGAGGUGCAGAUUGCUGCCCUCAAAGAAACGGUAAACCUUGAAAAGAGCCCUUGGUUUUAAGGCUAGUGGAAUAUAGAGGUGCAACCAUAGACCCCAAGCUGGGGCCCAUUGCACCCCAGAUAUAAUUGAAUAUUGUGAAUAACAUAAGCCAGAGAGAAACUGUAUACUUGCUCUAUAUAAGUAUGUCUAAAGAUUUUUUCUUGGUCAACUAAUUUCAAAUCUCGCAUGAGAACUCAUACAAGAGAGAAACUGUAUACAUGGCAAAGAAGUUUUUCUCAUCAAAGCUAUUUCAAAACACAAGAGAAAUGACUCUAAACAGAAAAUAUACUGAUCUCUGUCCAAGUAGUUUUUAUUACAUGCUUUUUUUAACUUGACUUCCACAUCUGUCUUUCCUCAAAUGUUGUAACUCAGUUUUCGACCUGUCCCCUUCGUCUGAUGAACUUGAAGUUUUGCAUGAUUACUCAAUCACGGUUACAGUACAACCUUACAUAAUCAGUAGGUCAGCAGUGACCUCUAGUGACCUCUCCCAGUAUCUCAGGAUUUGUAUGAAACUGUAUUUUCACAACUUUCAGUCGGUAGAAUCUGUCCUCUAUAUAACCCCUCCCCCUUCCACUCUCUAGUGCACGAUCUGGUGUUAAUUUAGCUUGUUUCCCUCCCUUCUCUUCUCUUCCCUUCCCCAUUAAUCUCCCCCCUCCAAAGCACAUGAUUGAGUCUUAAUUUUGGUGUGUCCUCCCAUCCCCUUUCCUCUUCCAUCCUCCUUUCCUUCCCUUCCCUUCCCUUCCCUUCAGUUCCCUUCCCUAUUACCCUCCCCUUUCCAGGACACAUGUUCAAGUGUGAAUUUAGAACGCUGUACAGCACUAAUUUAAGAAACUUUCUUGUGUCUUCUUCACUUUUCUUGUUCCUGUGUACCCUUUGUAUGAUUUUCAAAUGAAGAAUUAAUUUUGUCAUUGGCUGAAAUGAACUUCCUUUUGUUAUUCCACAUUGUGCAUAUGUACAGGCAGUCCCUGGUUUAAGCCGAAAAAUAGUUGAAAAUCCUUAGAAAACCUUACUUAUAACAUCUUCUUUACCGUGAAUCUUAACAAAAUGUAAACAGUACGUUUGCUUCCGAACCAAUUUUCUUGGCAAUGAAAUGAACAUACAAUAAAGUAAAUGGGUCAUACUUUAUGAGGCUAGUAUAAUCAAUCCUCUGUACUUGUGAAAUAUUUUACUUAAUUUCUCCAGAGAAAGAACACAGGAAAAGAGAAGAACAGGAAAACAAAAUUAGAAAUGAUUUGAUGGUUGUGUAUAAGAUGUUUUACAUUUUUGCACUUGUGUGUCUAAAAAUAAAUGAACAUGGUUCUUGGUUACAUCUUUUUUUUUUCACUUAUUGGAAUAAACAACAGCAUCAGAUCCCAUGGCUUACAUCUUUCAUGAUUAGUGCCCAGAAGGGCAAAGCAAAAUGACGUACCCUAACUUCCCUUUUACUUGACUCGCCAGUCGCCACAUUUGAUACCAUGAGUGAGUGUUGCCAUGUAACUUUUUUCCAUCUAUUUUUAUCAUAUGUUUGUGUGCAUGUAUGUGUGUAUAUACACAGUAUAUAUCCAAAUGUCUGAAUCUAGAUAGCUAGCAAAAAUGUUUGUUUUGCUUCAUCAUAUGCCUGGCAGUGCGUAUCACCUUCACAAGACCCUCCAACCCCUCCUACUGAAAUUACUAAAUCAUAAGAGGUCUAGAACUGAAAAGAGGAAGGUUGGUAGCACAGUAGACUCACUGUAUUUGCGGACUCACGGAUUUCUCUCUGUACAAUAUCUACCCAUUACUCUCGCAAAAUUUGCGUAUUCGCGGUAUUUUUAUCCACAAAUUCCUGUUUUUUUUUAUCAAUUUUAUCGUAUAAACUAUAAACUGCUCUUUUUGUGAUAAAACUAUUAAAAGAACCAAGUAUCAAAAUUUUUAGUGCGUUUCUCUUGUGUUUUAAAUAACAAAAUAGGCUGUUUUAAACUUUUGUUAUAGGGGUUCCAACUAUUGGUGGGUUAUUUCUAUUUGCGGGGCAACCCAUCCCCCGCGAUUACGGGGGGACCACUCUUUGUAUGUACCACCUUCAUGUACCCAGUACUAUGCAAUAGCCUUGAAUGGUGGUACUCUUUGUAUCCCCAAACAAAUUGUUUGUAAACAAGGGGUAAAUGCUUUGGGUGUAUUGGAAACGAUGCAAACUGCAUUUUUAUAGUUUUUAAUAAUGAAAAAAAACAACUCCAAAUUCUGAUUAUUCUGACUUUAUUUUAGCCAUACCUCUUCCGUCGGAUUGGCAUCGUAAGCGUCGUAAUCCUGGAGUGUGCUAUAAACCGGAAAAUAAUUUCUGAUUAUAUUUGAAAAGCAUCAUAACCUUGGAGCGUCAUAACCCGGCGACUGACUGUAGUUGUGAGCUUGAAUAUUUCCAUGAAAUGUCAUUCUUAGUGGAAGUGAAAAGAUUGAUUUCUUCAUCACAUAUCAAUGAAAUCGUAAUGCUUCCUAUUAGCUCACUAAACACAGUGGACUGACUGUUUUCUGUUUUAAGCUAACCAUAAGCUAAUCAGUCAGAAGUGUUCAGCCAGGACUUGCUUUGUAAAUGACUAAUGUAAUGUAUUAUUCUGAUUA